UGACUGAGAGUCGAGGGAUCCUGGAGAGUAUACAGAGAUUUUCUUUACUGCCAACUUACUUGCCAGUGACCUAUCGUAUCCACAAUGCAGAUGUUUCCUUCUUUCUUAAAGAAGCCAACCAAGAUAUUAUGAGGAAUUCUAGCUUGCAGUCCCGAGUGGAAUCCUUUCUGAUCUACAAAUCCAAGAGGCCACCUAUGUUAAAUGCCAGCUAUGGACCUUUUUCCAUUGAACAAGUAGUGCCCCAGGACUUAAUGUUGUCUUCAAAUCCAUUUGGAUCUACUAACAAGUUCUCCUUUAAUUGGAAACUUAAGGCCUUCAUAAUGAGUGACAAAAUUUACCCAAGCAAGCCCAAAGUCCAGGUCCUGUUCUACAUUGUGGGCAGGGACUGGGAUGACUAUAGCACCACGGAACAGCUGCCCUGCCUGCGGGUGUUUGCUUUUCGAGAGACGCGGGAAGUGAGAGGCAGCUGCAGAUUGCAAGGGAAUCUGGGGUUGUGUGUGGCAGAGCUGGAGCUCCUGCCAAGCUGGUUUAAUCCCCCAACGGUGGUUGCUGGCCGUAAGAAACCAAUGGAUCAGUCUGAAGGGAGCCCUGUGGAGCUUUACUAUUCCAUACAACCAGGAGAUGAGAAAGGGGAGUGCACCAAGGAGGAUGUAAGGAAAAAUAAUGGUAUCCGGCCGGGGCGCAAUGACGUUGAUGAGUCGGGACCUCCCUUGCAGAGGAUUGGAAGUGUUUUCCUUUACCAGACACAUGCCGUCCCUUCCUUAAAUGAAAUGAAAUUGGAUAAUAAUAUUGCCAUCCAAUAUGCACCAAAGACUGUCAAGCAAGGUGACAUUUUGACUUUCGUUGUAUCUGUUGCUAAAAAUUCAACAGAAGAGCAGUUCACACUGAGGGCAAAUGUGAAGAAAGGUGUGAACAUUUUCAGUGUGAGAGCUAGCAGCCCCUACUUGUGGGACAUCAGAGAGAGCAUGGAUUAUACUGGGAAAUACGCACCAGCUGUUAUUGUUUGCCAGAGGAAAUCUGCUGCCUCUGAAAACAGUGCGGAUGGUCCUUCCUCUGAAAUUAUGCAGAUAGAUUUUGAAAUUGAAGACCUAACUGACCUACCUGAGACCCAGCUCAUCACAUGGCAGGUAGAAUAUCCUGGAGAUACAACAUCUGAUCUAGGAAUCUCCCAGAUCUACGUGAGCCAGAAGGACCUGGUAGGAGUCCUCCCUUUGGCUAUG